AUGUUUUGGGAUGACUCCUUCUAUCCCUUCCCCCUUGUCCUUCCCUCCUUUUCUCCAUGUCCUUCCCACCCUUUCCCCCUGUCAUUCUCUCCCUUUCCCCUUGUCCUUCCCUCCCUUUCAUCGUUUUCGUUCCUCCUGAUGUUUUAUCCACUCUCCCCCCUGUCCUUUCUUCCCUUUCCCCCUGUCUUUCCCUCCCCUUCUUCUCCCUCCCUCCUUUCCCCUCUCCCAACCCACUGCUUCCCCCUGCUCUCAUCCGUCCCCUUGCCCCCAUUCGUCUCUUUUCCCCCACUACCGUCGCUGCUUUUCCUGCUCAUUUCCCCCUUUCCUGAACCCUUCCUUUCCCUCUCUCACAUCCCUUCCCAUUCCCACUAUCCCGUCCCACCAUUCACCCUUCUCCCGGCCAUCCCUUUCCCUCCUCUCCUCCUUUCUCCUUACACCUGUCCUUUCCCCUCUCCCAACCAACCCACUGCUUCCCCUCUCCCAAUCCACAGCUCCCCCUCUCCCAACCCUCUGCUCAUUUCCCCUUUUCCUAAACCCUUCCUUUCCAUCUUUCCCAUCCCUUCCCUUUCCCACUAUCCCGUCCCACCAUUCACCCUUCCCCCGGCCAUCCCUUUCCCUCCUCUCCUGCCCCUCCCCAUUCCGCAUGUCCGUCCCUUCCCUUUCCACUAUGUCCCCUCAUCCAGCCCAGCCCAGAGCAGCAGCUUCGCUUGGCCACUGUCCCUUGCCCAUCAUACCUCAGUUCCCAUCCUGUAA